AUGUCUGGCCCUGGUGAUUUUGAUCAUCUCUCUGGCACCAGAGUUAUCUUUGAUAAGGGCCCCCAGACUUGGGUACUAGAUGAGAAGAUUGCUGAAGAUUACCAAACAAUGAGCCAGGACGAAGUCGAUGAUGGCAUUGGCAAUCCUUACGCAGCUAUCAAAUUCGCCUGCCACAAUGCCGCCGAUCCUAACCAGAAGGGCAUUCUGCGUAUUUACAUCCAGAUUCCUAUCACUGGAACGAUUGCUCGUGGCCCUGGAGCUAGAGCACAGCAGGCUAUCGCUCAGCGGACACAUAUGGAAGGGACGGUCUUACAGAGUCUUACAGACAAGGGGUGCAAGGUAGUUCCCAAGCUCCUUGGCUAUCAGGAGAGCAAUCAAGACGAUGAAGGCUGUGUACCCGGCGGGUAUAUCAACUAUAUCGUCUGGGCUUGUGUACCUGGGGAAUCAAUUCGCGCUAAGGAAUUUUGGGAUCGAGACCGAAAAUACCGUGAUGAAGUCCGCGAGAAGUUCCGCGAGUCUGAUGAGGAGCUGAAGAAGUUUGGAUGGUCGCCCAGAAUCCCCCACCUAGGGAAUAUCAUCUUCGACGAAGCAACCAAGGCGCUCCAUAUUUCGGGCUUUUGUUUCCCUAAAGUUCUUGACAGCUCCCAGCCUUUCACGGAUGUGACGUACGCUGGCUGGGGCUUAGUGAAGCGAUCUCAGAACCCUGACUGGUAUCUCAACAGCAAAGAGUGGGAGUGGUAA